AUGCGACCUGGUUCAACGGUCCGAAGUCGAACGCGGGCCCGCGUCAUUCGACGCCUAUUUCUAGUGCCGAUCGCGGUUUUGGUGCUGGUCGGUGUUGCCGAUUUGGCGAGACCUCGACGCCACACUCCCGAUGAGACGUCGUCGCACUCGACGUCGGCUUUUAAUGGAUUUCUGAGAUCCGUGCUGCCGACAUGCAACAGAACUCUUGCGCCACCGCCUCCUGAAGUCAACGAUGAUGGCCAAUUUCCGCCGGACCCUUUCACUUUGAAGCAGAGGCAAAGCGGAUUCGUUCUAUUACAUAUUGCCGGUUUGAUCUACAUGUUCGUCUCAUUGGCGAUCGUAUGCGAUGAGUUCUUCGUGCCGUCGCUCGACGUGCUCACCGAGAAAUUGUCGUUGUCCGAUGACGUGGCCGGCGCGACAUUUAUGGCCGCCGGCGGCUCGGCACCGGAAUUCUUCACCUCGGUCAUUGGCAUAUUCAUUGCGCAGAAUAAUGUGGGCAUUGGGACCAUUGUUGGGUCCGCAACCUUCAAUAUCCUUUGCGUUCUAGCGUUUUGCACGAUUUUCUCGAAAUCCGUCCUCGAUUUGACUUGGUGGCCGUUGUUUCGCGACGUCAGCAUUUAUAUGAUCGCGUUGGCGAUGCUUGUGGUUUUCUUUAUGGACGAAAUGAUCACAUUCACCGAAGCGUUGUCGAUGUUUGUCGUUUACGUUGUUUAUUGCACCAUCAUGAAGUAUAAUGUUCAAUUGGAGCGAUUUGUGAAGGGCGGCGGCGAUGACGAAAAUGCGAACGUGCAUGAGACGCUGAAACUCGCCGACACGUCGAAUCACAAUAAUAAUCUUGCGUCUGAAAUGACAAACCUUGAAGCAAAUGAUAGGCGACGCUCAUCGGCUCGUCGCCAAUCGGUGCCGAUUCUCCAUUCCGGAACAAUGUUUAGAAAUGGAAUAAUGCAAUUGAUGAAUCACACGCUUGAGCAAUUGCCAGAAGACAGCGAAGAAGACUCGAGAAGCCGUAGCAACGCUGAGAUUGAUAAUGCCCAUUUGAAUAUUAAUUCGCAAGUUCCCGAUCGAAGAUCGUCGCAAAUCGAGGAGAUUAAAUCAUUGUUGGAAGAGGAAGAGGAGAAGCCAUUGGACAUGACAUGGCCGUCAACAUGGCCCAAGCGGUUCACCUAUGUUUUAUUGGCUCCGGUCUUGGUACCAAUGUGGGUAACAAUUCCCGAUGUUCGAAGAAAUGAAAAUCGCCGUUUUUACCCGGUGACAUUUGUAGUGUCGAUCCUGUGGAUCGCGUUUUUCUCCUAUCUCAUGGUUUGGUGGGCGAACACAAUUGGCGAGACGUUUGUGAUUCCCACCGAAAUUAUUGGCUUGACAAUUCUCGCCGCUGGUACAAGUAUUCCCGAUUUGAUUACAAGUGUAAUUGUUGCCCGAAAGGGUCUCGGCGAUAUGGCGGUGAGCAGCAGUGUCGGCAGCAAUAUAUUCGACGUGUGCGUUGGAUUGCCGAUCCCUUGGCUUCUCUACUUCAUCAUGGAAUUCGUCGCGAGACCCGGCGAGCCGCUAACCCCAAUAUCCGUGAGCAGCAAAGGACUCCUCUGCUCGGUCGGCAUGCUAUUCGUGAUGCUCGUCGUCCUCGUCGGCGCCAUUUUCCUAUCCGGCUGGAAAAUGAACAAAAUCUUUGGAAUCCUCAUGAUAUUAUCCUAUAUAUUUUUCUGCGCGUUCUCCGUAGCCCUCGAAAUGGACACCCUCAUAUGCCCAUUGAAUAUAUGUUAG